GGGACAGUGGGCCCAUAUACAGUAUGCCCUUUUCUGGCGGGUUCUUUUUCUUUUUUUCUUCGAUCUCUCUCCCUCGAAAGUGACUGUUCAUCGCUCGUCUCCUUCGAUGGCGAAAUCGAUCCGCAUUUUGAUGCGUCCAACCACUCUCCCGUUCUGCGCGAUAACGACGCAGACGCGACUAUAAAAAGACCGUCUUCUCCAAAAGGAUCUCUCUCUUCUCAUUCCUUCCCUCAUCCCUCCACCUUCACACCCCAUACUCACCCUCCACACUCGCAACUAUGUCUCCCGACCGCAACCCCCUCCGUCUUGGCUCCAUCGCCCCUGACUUCGAGGCCGAGACCACCAAGGGCCCCAUCAAGUUCCACGACUUUAUCGGCAACUCCUGGGUCAUCCUCUUCUCCCACCCCGCCGACUUCACCCCUGUCUGCACCACCGAGCUCGGCGUCGUCGCCCGUCUCCAGGACAAGUUCGAGGAGCGCAACGUCAAGGUCAUCGGCCUCUCUGCCAACGGCCUCGAGUCGCACCAGGAGUGGAUUAAAGACAUCAACGAGGUCAACGACGUCGACCUCAAUUUCCCUAUCAUUGCCGAUGCCGACCGCAAGAUCUCGACCCUCUACGACAUGUUGGAUUACCAGGAUAUCACUAACCUCGAUGCCAAGGGCAUUCCCUUCACUGUCCGCUCCGUCUUCAUCAUUGACCCCAAGAAGACCAUCCGUCUGACCCUCUCCUACCCUGCUUCGACCGGCCGCAACUUUGACGAGAUCCUGCGCGUUGUUGACUCAUUGCAGUUGGGCGACAAGAACCGCAUCACCACCCCUGCCAACUGGAAGCACGGUGACAAGGUCAUCGUCCACCCCUCUGUCUCCAACGAGGAGGCCGAGAAGCUCUUCCCUGGCUUUGAGACUGUCAAGCCCUACCUCCGCUUCGCUGCCCAGCCUGGCACUCAGAAGGCCUAAACUUGGCGCUCGCACGCUACCUUGCCACACUUGUAUAUCCAGAUCCAAAAGGCCAUAAUCAUUUCCUGUAAAUAAAAUAUUUAUUAACCAAACGACUCGAACACGCCAUUUUGAUCUGCUCGACUCUUUCCUCCACUUUUCGUCUCCGACGCGCGCGGACGGCGCGUUCUUUGUAUACAUUGAAGAUUCCUUAAAACUGAC